AUUAUGACAAUUAUCUUCUGUGCAUUUAAACUAUGAUAAAAGGGGGAUUGUUUGGGAGCAAAAGCUCUAAAACAUGUUGCAAGUACAACACUGUGCAUGGUGUCACAAAUAAAUCAGAAAGCAGGCUGUACAAAUCAGGUGACCAAGCAAUGUGACGACACACACAGCUUGUACAGUACAGGCUGAUCCACACAAGGCCUGAUUCCACAUUGGUGAAGCAAGUAAUGAUGCAUUGCUCUUUUUCUAGAAGGCUUGAAUAAUACAAAUCAUUCGAUUUGUGCCUUUGAUCCAUAUAAAGGCAACAUUGUAGAACUUUAAGAACACAUAAAACCUGGUCACCGGCAAGCUCCCAGCAUUCAGACAAAAAAUGUAACGAGACAAGACACAAACACAAACGCACCUGAGUGUCCAUUAAUGUUUUCAGGAUGAAGAAAAGUACCCGCGAAGAACUCCGGGUAGCUCCUAAAGCCAGUAAACCCUUGGCUGAAAUCUACUGUAACCAACCUCUCGAAGGGAAAUAAGACUAAAACUAAAGACCAUGGCAAAGAAGCAGGUGAUCAUCGACACCGACUGCGGCAUAGACGAUGCUCAGGCGAUAUUAAUGGCCUUGGCCGCACCCAACAUUCAGGUCGUGGGCGUGACCUGUGUGUUUGGGAACGCAGCAGUUGAGAACGUGUGUCAGAAUGUUCUGAGGGUGCUCUCUGUCUGUGAGCGUGAAGGGAUUCCAGUGUUUCGAGGUUCUGGUGGUCCUCUGGUUGGAGCCAGUAACCUACUUAGUGACCACUUUGGAGGUGAUGGACUUGGGGGUGUGAUUGAAGACAAAGACCCACAUUGGGAGGAGAAAAUCCAGAGCGAGCACGCGGUCAAUGCAAUGAUUAGGCUGGUGACUGAAAACCAGAAGCAGGUAUCCUUGGUGGCCCUUGGCCCGCUCACUAAUCUGGCAUUGGCUGUCAGACUAGAUCCAUGUUUUCCCCAAAAGCUCAAAGAUCUGUACAUUAUGGGGGGCAACAAGGAAGGAAUAGGAAAUGUGACCCUAUGUGCAGAGUUUAACCUUGCAAUGGAUCCGGAGUCUGCCUAUGUUGUUCUGGAGGAGUUCCUCUGCCCUACAUACCUGGCAUCGUGGGAAUAUUGCUGCAGAAACUCACUGCCCUGGGAGUUCUUUGAAGAGUUGAUCAACCAGGAUGCACCUGCUGCAGGCUUCAUGAAGAUGAUAACAUCUAAAUGCUGGGCUUACUCCAAAGAGGCUAUGAUGAAAAAGAGAGGUGUGUACUUUGGAUCUGGCUUCGUCUCUUACGACGCUUAUGCGAUGGCAGCCUGUAUUGACAACAGCGUGGUAACAGAGAGAAUCGAGUGUCCUGUCCGCGUGGAGUUGCAGGGUUCGAUCUCCCGUGGCAUGCUGGCACUAGAUCGCACAAACGAGCUGAAGAAGAGCCACAGCGUGUUUGUUUUGACUAAAUGUGAUGUUGCCAAGUUUGGUCAGUUACUCAUGGAGUCUGUUAGACAACCUUGUAAGAAAUAAUCUUUUUUUUCUGCUGCGGCCUGACUCUUGGACAGAGCCACUUGACGACAAUGUAGCCAACGUUUUCCAGCUUCACAUCUACUGCAGAUUGUUAAAUUCUCAUCAGUUUGUCGGAACCAGCUGCAAGGGAGAGGUUUUGCGCGCUGAAUUAGAGGAGCAUUGCCAGUGAAAUGUGGAAUAUUUUAAAUGCCUAAAUUAAAGAAGAAAUACAAUUCGCAUUGCAUUUUCUCUUUAAUAAGUAAUUGAAUUGUUUUCCAGUGCAACAUGAAUGUUCCAUGUCACAUUAAAAUCAAAUCACAAAACCAGAAAA